CGGCCGCAUUGAGUGUACUUGUUGUUGGUUUUCCGUCACUUCUCGUGUGCGCCUCGCUUUGCGUAACUUUUGAUAUUUGAUUUUCUACGCGAACCGCUUCCACCGACGCAAUGGUGCUGACCAAGGAGUAUCGUGUGUGCAUGCCGCUGACCGUGGAGGAAUACAAGAUCGGGCAGCUUUACAUGAUUGCGCGUCACAGCCUGGAACAGUCGGAGGAAGGCGAGGGCGUCGAGGUGGUGGAGAACCGUCCGUGCGAGGACCCCGUCCACGGCAAGGGCCAGUACACGGAAAAGCACAUUCACUUGUCCAGCCGGCUCCCCUACUGGAUACAGGCCAUCUGCCCGCGCGUUUUCUACGUGAUUGAGAAGUCCUGGAACUACUAUCCCUACACGCUAACAGAAUACACGUGCUCCUUCAUACCCAAGUUAAAUGUGCUCAUCAAAACAAAGUACGAGGACAACAACGGCAGCACCGAGAAUUGUCUGGACUUGUCAGAGGAGGAGCUGAAGACACGCACCGUGGAUCAUUUGGACAUUGCAUUUGAUGACCUCAGUCCCAAGCAUUACAAGCAGGAAGAAGAUCCUAAGUUCUACAAAUCAAUAAAGACAAAUCGCGGCCCCCUUAUUGAGGGCUGGCGGGAUACUGACAAGCCCAUUAUGUGCUCCUAUAAAGUGGUCCAUGCCACCUUCGAGGUCUGGGGCCUGCAGACCAAGGUAGAAGACUUUAUCCAGCGCGGCAUUCGGGAAAUCCUGCUGUUGGGCCACCGGCAGGCCUUUGCCUGGUUGGAUGAGUGGCAUGGCAUGACCCUGGAGGAUGUGCGCGACUACGAGCGCCAGAAGCAGGCCGAGACCAAUGAGAAAAUCCACAAUACCAGUGGAGCAGUAACCAACGACGAGGCUGCGGCGGCGGGUGAUGCCUCCGUUGGCGAUGUGGACUAAGACGUAGAAUAGUUAAGGCAACAGGAUGCAGGCUGCAAAAUGUACCUUCAAGGCCUCGCGGCGAAAGCUUACAAAGUUUCAUAGGAAAUAUCUUAUUCUAACAUAGCACAUAUAUAUAAAUAUAUAUAUGUAUAUCAUUUUCAACCGGUCCAAAGAAGCUCAGAGCUCAGGAGGCACAAGAGCACCAAAUAUUCAUUGUUAUCAAACAUAGAGAGCACGCAAUUUUUAGUCAAACAUACUAUAUAUACACACGGUCUAGUGAACGGUUUGUGUUAACUAUAUCCCCUAGUUAUUGAUGUAAAUUCGGUGUACAAAAUACAGAAUACAUAGUAGCGAUGUACCUAAAAAGCA